AUGUCUGGCUCUUCGGGCCCGUGUCGGUGUUCAACGAACCCUUCUGGUCUACCUUCAACUACGAGUACUCCGAAAAUUGCUUCAGGUGGUUUUCAGCCUGACACUCCUCCACCAGUCAGCUCCGGUGAACAGAAGCCCCAAGCACCCCCAUCAAUCACAUCUCCAUCAUCUGAUGUCCCACCCCCGAUCUCUUCAGGCGAUUCCAAGCCCAUCAGUCCACCACCAAUCACAUCCGGUGAUGAAAAGCCCAAGGUUCCUCCGUCCAUAACCUCACCGCAAGCAAGUCUUCCUCCACCGAUUUCCUCAGGCGAUUCCAAGCCUAUCACUCCAUUACCAAUCAUUGAUGAAAAGCCCAAGGUUCCUCCGUCCAUAACCUCACCGCAAGCAAGUCUUCCUCCACCGAUUUCCUCAGGCGAUUCCAAGCCUAUCACUCCAUUACCAAUCAUUGAUGAAAAGCCCAAGGUUCCUCCGUCCAUAACCUCACCGCAAGCAAGUCUUCCUCCACCGAUUUCCUCAGGCGAUUCC